CAAAAAACAGCUAGUCAAUUAAGCGCGCUCCAAAGGAGAAGCCAUCCACACUCGAAAUAUGAUAAUCCACCACAUCAUACAUAGUCUCUAUGGUUGCUCUUAAUAUAAAGUAAAAAAGUGGAAGUUCCCUCCCCCCCCUUCUUGCCCGCGCCUUAUAAAUUUCGCGAGGGUUAGCUGCUUUCUUCGUUUCCUUUUCUUUCUCUACACCGAUCCACUUGUUUUCUUCAUAUAUUGCUUCUUUCUUCUAUCACUAACUCGUACUGGCAAAGAAGAUGAUUCAUUACUACCUCGCCCUGUUAGCCUGCAUGCUUGGGCUCGCUCAUGCUGAGGUCAAGACAAACUUCUCAGCCACCAAGACCGAUCCGACCAAUAUCUCGAUGCCUGACAUCCCCCAGACAACCUCUGGGGACGUAGCGACCGAAUGCCAGUUUUACAACUCUGAUUACACCGUCAAUCCGGCCGAAUGGCCCACCAACUGGGACGUUGCUACAAGCAACAACAUGAACACCAGCCAAGAGUUCCAACAAUUGUACAACUCCAUCGACUGGACAAAAGCUCCCAACAUCCCCGUGCGCACAGCAACCGCUGCUGGUGGUUUGAACAUGGUCGGAUAUGACGCUAAGAACGAUCCCGACUGCUGGUGGUCCUCCAGCCAGUGCACAACGCCCAAGCAUGAAGGCAUCUACGCCGAUAUCAGCCGUUGUCCAGAGCCUGAAACUUGGGGUCUUACAUUUGAUGACGGACCCAAUUGCUCGCACAAUGCCUUCUACGACUUUUUACAACAAAACAACCAGCAAGCCUCAAUGUUCUACAUUGGCUCUAACGUUCUCAACUGGCCUUAUGGCGCACUGCGCGGUGUCAAGGACGGCCACCACAUUGCAGGUCAUACCUGGUCCCACAAGAUGAUGACUACGCUAAACAACCAGGAGGUUCUUGCAGAACUGUACUAUUCAGCCAAGGCCAUCAAGUACGUCACGGGUGUUACCCCUCUCUACUGGCGUCCUGCCCUGGGCGACCUAGAUGACCGAGUUCGCUGGAUUGCAACACAGCUCAACUUCACUGCAAUCCUCUGGAAUCUUGAUACCGACGACUGGGCAGCUGGUACGACUCCGGGUGUGACACCUCAGACUGUCGAUCAAAACUACCAAAAUUUCAUAACCAUGGGCUCAAACGGCACCUUUGCUAACGGCGGCAACAUUGUUCUGAGCCACGAAAUCAAUAACAUGACCAUGGACUUUGCAAUCAAGAAUUAUCCAGCCAUCAAAAAUGCAUACAAGCACGUGGUCGACGUUGCAACAUGCAUGAACAUCUCGCACCCCUACAUCGAACAAGUCGUCACUUUCCCCAGCUUUGACCAAAAGGUCAACCAGAAUGCAAGCACUGCAACUGGCUCUGGCGUCGUACCUGGCGCUUCCAACUCACCUAGCUCUGCCGUUUCUGUAUCCGCAAUGCCGUCCCUUAUGCUCUUUGCCGCCUUACUCGCGGGCGUUGCCCGUCUGAUGGCUUAAAAAACAAGCAUAAUAGAAACAGCAUUAAAAGGGUCCAUUUUCUCUCUUCUUCCCUCGAGAAAAGUCCCCUAAAAAUUAAAGGAAGAAGCUCUUAGAUUCUCUUUUUCUUUCCUUCUUUAUUGUUCUAGUCUAUCUCUCGUCACAAGUACUGGUUUCGGCUACAACUCGUCGCUAUUUGCUUCACCACUUCCUAUCUAACCUGCCCCUUUCUUUACCCCUUAGUAUACUUUGUUUUUGUUCCUCCAUCAUCCAUCCUCGAACCCCCUUGUGCAAGAUGUAGCCAUGCGACCGUUUAUUUAAUAAUAUUACUCUAAAGUUUUCAUUUAUCUAAUUAACAUUACAUUAUGUAGCAUUCUCCAUUUGAAUGAAAACCAUUCUUAUUAAAUACAAAGAAAGUAUUGUGCACUUGUACCAUAAAUUAUCGGAUCAAUCUCAAC